CGGUCACGCCUCCUCCACUCGGGCGUCUGCGCUCGGGACCCUCCGCCGCGCGAGGGACGGACUGACUGACGUACCUCGCUCGCCCCCGCCCCCGCCUCAUCUUCCCCUAGGCUCCCGGGGCUCGCGGGCUGAGGCGCCUCUGUCUCCCCGCCCCUCGCCCUCGGCCCUUUCUCUCCCAGCACCUCGGGCGGCGGCGGCGGCGGCGGCGACGACGACGACGACGACCCGAGCAGCAGCGAGCAGCGGGAGCAGGCGGCCUCGAGGAUGAAGUGCAAGCCGAACCAGACGCGGACCUACGACCCGGAGGGGUUCAAGAAGCGGGCGGCGUGCCUGUGCUUCCGCAGCGAGCGCGAGGACGAGGUGCUGUUAGUGAGUAGCAGUCGGUACCCGGACCGCUGGAUCGUGCCGGGCGGGGGCAUGGAGCCCGAGGAGGAGCCGGGCGGUGCGGCGGUCCGAGAGGUGUACGAAGAGGCGGGAGUCAAGGGGAAGUUAGGCCGGCUCCUGGGCAUUUUCGAACAGAACCAAGAUCGCAAGCACCGAACGUACGUGUAUGUACUGACUGUCACUGAGAUUCUGGAGGAUUGGGAAGAUUCGGUUAGCAUUGGGAGGAAGCGAGAGUGGUUCAAAAUCGAAGAUGCGAUCAAGGUUCUCCGGUGCCACAAGCCCGUGCAUGCCGAAUAUCUGGAAAAACUAAAGCUGGGCGGUUCCCCAACCAAUGGAAACUCCGUGGCCCCGUCCCUGCCAGAGAGCGAUGCCUAGUACGUACCGCUCCUGCACAGACUUCUGCUUUCCGCCUACCCUAGAAUAAAUAGUGCCCGGAGCACCUCUAUACCAUGUGCGGUCUCACGGGGAGGAGGGAGGCUUCUUUUGUUUCCUUGGCAGACCUCUGAAUCACGCUUGCAAACUGUCUCAGUUGUCAGGCGCUGUUUUCAAUUUGCAGGUUUUUCAGAUGCUUUGAAAAUCGCUUCUUGGUAGCUCUGUAACAUAUUUCGGAAAGCCAAAGCCACGUGGGUUUUUUUUAAAGGUGCCUUAACUGCUCACCCAGCCCUUGGGGGGGGGGGAUGCGUGUGUGUGUGUACACGUGUGUAGGCUCUGUGGUUUGUUUUUUCUUGCAUUUUACACGUACUUGUGUGUGUGCGCGCGCGCGCGCCUGUGCAUUUUUUGGUACCAUUCUUGUGGUUUGUUUCGUAGGGAUCUGAUCACUUGGUUGUGUGGCGUCGUUCAUUAAUUUUUUCUGAAGUUGUUUUCUCAUUCAUAGCAUUAGCCCUUGUUAGCAAGCCCUUCUGUGAUGGGAAUUGGUUUAAACAAUCAGUUUUGAAUUAAAAACGUAUUUAAGAAAUUUUACGUCUUGUGCUCUUUCCGCACUGGACAAUAAUUUUAUCUUUAGAAAUGUGACCAAGUUUGCCCUUUUCAGAAGUUUCUUUAUUCAUAUGUAGAUAAUUUGAUUUUCAGAAAAUUUUCUCAACUGGUAAUUUUUCACUGCUUACUUGAAAUGGCCAUUUCCCCUGUAGCCUAUACGUAGUUUAACAAAAUAUUACUUCUCAGGAAGGUAUUGUUAGCCAAACACAUCCUGAGACGUGCACAUUAUCAUGAAAACUGUUCGCAGAGUAUGAUGUAGCAUGCUCAACCUCCAACUCCAUUGCCCCUUUCUUAAUACCCUAGAAGAACCAUAGUUCUCUAAAUAUAAGUUAGUUUUUGAAAGAAAGUUAUUUCCCAUAUUUGAAUUUGUGAUAUUCCAGUUAAACUUGUGUCUGAAUACUGGUAGCCAAAAGAAUGGAAUCUUAUAUGGUAAUUACAUCCCAAUUGAGUGAGUUAGCUUUUUUGAUAUUCAGCGGUUACAGACUUCUCAAAGUGUUAGGACACCCAAACAGUCUCUCUUAAAGAUUUACGAUAAACGUAUUGUGUCACAGGACAGACUUUUUGGGGUGCCAAAGUAAAAGCUCUUACAUUUGCCUUGAUACUUACCUGAAAUCAGGAAUCCCAUCUAAAAUACUUGAGUCUCUCUUGGAACUUAUUUUAUUCCCUCCAGGCAUGUCAGAAAGUAGGUAGAAGUAAAGCCUACUUCAUGAAGUGUGUACUGGGGAUGGAAAGAUCAUUCCUAAUUUUUAGGGCAACCUAGAAUAUGUCAUAUGUCCUAAUCAUUAUUGAUAGGUAUUUGUGUCACUCAACUAACUUUCUGGGGGUCACUCUUAGGUAUUCUGUAUUAUGAAAUAUUGAAAGUUUAGAUUCCUUUUAGAAUUCCUUAUCUUCUCAGGAAGGUUGAGGAAAAGCCUACUUUGUGAAGAGAGUAUGGGUGGAGGAUAUUUUUCUAUAUAUAACAUUUAAUAUCUUAAAAAUAUUCUACAGACCAUUAAUAAAUAUAAGAGGGUAAUAACUAAUUUAAAUAGUUUGGUAUUCUAAAAAUUAACCUUUUAAGAAGAACACAAU